ACCGGCUGACAAAAAGGCAAGCACCAGUCAUUACCGAUCCAUGAUGGGUCUGUUGCCGUUGUUACUUCCCACCUGCAGUCUGUCACCACGAAAACCCAACCAUCGCAGCCACCUAUGCCAUCGGGGGGCAUCCUAAGAUAAAAGGGCCACGAUGGAAACUAGUGGCCACGUGCCCGAGCAAGGGGCCGAGUCUUCUGGGCCAGGCUGCAGUGUCCUCCAAGACCACCACGGCUCGGAUGCAGUAGAUAAGAGCCAGGUGAAUGCUCUCGGACAUCAAUAUCCCCAUGCGGACCAACAAUCUCAUCUCCCGCAAGCCGACAAUACCACGCUCUCAGCCGCCCCCAGCGAGGCUCUGCUCCUCGACGAGAACCGUCGGCUCGAGGCACACGCAGCGCGGUUACAGGAGGAUAUACACGCAUUGCUGGACGAGCUACUCCUGCAUAGCUCGUGCGACGGAGGGCUCAUCCCGAGAGCCCUCCUGGCAAAAACGGGUGCCAGAGACGGCGGCAGCCGUGGACCGUAGCACAAGGAAUGGGGUUUGCUUUUGGCUUGUUUUGUCUUGUCCCCCUGUGCUGCGUCACGUCGUUACGGCUUUCUCAUCUACUAUACACUGGUGGAGGAUGGACGAUGACCACCUCGAGGACAAUACAACGGUGAGGGGGGGGCUUUCGGGAGUACGUGCCGAGGCAAAUGACAAGAGCAAAACCGGCCGCUGGCACAGAUCCUUGGCUGUGCAGUGCCUGGUUCUCCUUGUCAGCCGCCUCGUUGUGCCACAUGUUUGAUCGGCAGGGUCUGCGAUGUCGGAGGCUGACGAACAUUCUUGUAAAAACACCCGA